UGCAGCUGCGGGCGGCUCCAGCUGCCCCAGAUGUGCGCUGGGCGGCGCGCGGGGAACUUUCGCGCCGGCUGCCAGUGCGGGGCCCCGGCUGCAGUCCGGCUGCCAUGGAUCCGCCGGCGGGCGCCGCUCGCCGCCUGCUCUGCCCUGCGCUGCUGCUGCUGCUGCCGCCGCUCCUGCUGCCGCCGUCGCCCGCGAACGCCAGACUCGCCGCCGCCGACCCCCCGGGCGGGCCCCUGGGGCACGGAGCCGAGCGCAUCCUGGCGGUGCCAGUGCGCACUGACGCCAGGGGCCGCUUGGUGUCCCACGUGGUGUCGGUGGCUACGGCCAGGGCGGGGGUACGAGCCCGCAGGGCUACCCCGGUUCGGACCCAGAGCUUCCCCGGAGGCAGCGAGGAGGACCCCAGCAGUCGCCUCUUCUACAAUGUCACGGUCUUUGGCAGAGAUCUGCACCUGCGGCUGCGUCCCAACGCCCGCCUCGUGGCGCCCGGAGCCACUGUGGAGUGGCAGGGUGAGACAGGCACCACCCGCGUGGAGCCUCUGCUUGGGACUUGCCUCUACGUAGGGGACGUGGCCGGCCUCGCUGAAGCCUCCUCCGUGGCGCUCAGCAACUGCGAUGGGCUGGCUGGUCUGAUCCGGAUGGAGGAGGAGGAGUUCUUCAUCGAGCCCGUGGAGAAGGGGCUGGCAGCACAGGAGGCUGAGCAGGGCCGUGUGCAUGUGGUGUAUCGCCGGCCGCCCACCCCCAGACCCCCUCCUCUGGGGGGGCCACAGCCCCUGGACACAGGGGACGCCCUUGCCAGCCUGGAGAGCCUCGGCCGAGCCCUGGGCGUCCUCCAGGAGCGCGUCGACAGCUCGCGGCUGCGGGCACGCAGGCACGCUGCCGACGACGACUACAACAUCGAGGUCCUGCUGGGCGUGGACGACUCCGUGGUGCAGUUCCACGGCAAGGAGCACGUGCAGAAGUACCUGCUCACGCUCAUGAACAUCGUCAAUGAGAUCUAUCACGACGAGUCCUUGGGGGCCCACAUCAAUGUGGUCCUGGUGCGCAUCAUCCUGCUGAGCUACGGAAAGUCCAUGAGCCUCAUCGAGAUUGGGAACCCCUCUCAGAGCCUGGAGAACGUCUGCCGCUGGGCCUACCUGCAGCAGAAGCCUGACACAGGCCAUGAGGAAUACCACGAUCACGCCAUCUUCCUCACACGGCAGGACUUUGGGCCUUCUGGCAUGCAAGGCUAUGCUCCUGUCACCGGGAUGUGCCACCCCGUCCGCAGCUGCACCCUGAACCAUGAGGAUGGCUUCUCCUCGGCGUUCGUGGUAGCCCAUGAGACCGGCCACGUGCUGGGCAUGGAGCACGACGGGCAGGGCAACCGCUGCGGCGAUGAGGUGCGCCUGGGCAGCAUCAUGGCGCCCCUGGUGCAGGCCGCCUUCCACCGCUUCCACUGGUCGCGCUGCAGCCAGCAAGAGCUGAGCCGCUACCUGCACUCGUACGACUGCCUGCGGGACGACCCCUUCGCCCACAACUGGCCGGCGCUGCCCCAGCUCCCCGGGCUGCACUACUCCAUGAACGAGCAGUGCCGCUUCGACUUCGGCCUGGGCUACAUGAUGUGCACUGCAUUCCGGACCUUUGACCCCUGUAAGCAGCUGUGGUGCAGCCACCCUGACAACCCCUACUUUUGUAAGACCAAGAAGGGCCCCCCGCUGGACGGGACCAUGUGUGCACCUGGCAAGCACUGCUUUAAAGGACACUGCAUCUGGCUGACGCCUGACAUCCUCAAACGCGAUGGCAACUGGGGCGCCUGGAGUCCGUUUGGCUCCUGCUCACGCACCUGCGGCACUGGCGUGAAGUUCAGGACGCGCCAGUGCGACAACCCACACCCAGCCAACGGCGGCCGCACCUGCCCCGGCCUUGCCUAUGACUUCCAGCUCUGCAACCCGCAGGACUGCCCCGACUCCCUGGCUGACUUCCGCGCGGAGCAGUGCCGCCAGUGGGACCUGUACUUCGAGCAUGGCGAUGCCCAGCACCACUGGGUGCCCCACGAGCACCGGGACGCCAAGGAGAGAUGCCACCUGUACUGCAAGUCCAAGGAGACGGGGGAGGUGGUGUCUAUGAAGCGCAUGGUGCACGACGGGACACGCUGCUCCUACAAGGACGCCUUCAGCCUCUGUGUGCGGGGAGACUGCAGGAAGGUGGGCUGUGAUGGGGUGAUCGGCUCCAGCAAGCAGGAGGACAAGUGUGGCGUGUGCGGAGGGGACAACAGUCACUGCAAAGUGGUCAAGGGCACGUUCACGCGCUCACCCAAGAAGCACGGUCACAUCAAGAUGUUUGAAAUCCCCACGGGAGCCAGACACCUGCUCAUCCAGGAGGUAGACACCACCAGCCACCAUCUGGCCGUCAAGAGCCUGGAGACAGGCAAGUCCAUCUUAAACGAGAACGACAUGGAUGCCACUUCUAAAUCUUUCAUCGCCAUGGGCGUGGAAUGGGAGUACAGGGACGAGGACGGCCGGGAGACGCUGCAGACCAUGGGCCCCCUCCACGGCUCCAUCACCGUCCUGGUCAUCCCAGAAGGAGAUGCCAGGAUCUCACUGACGUACAAAUACAUGAUCCACGAGGACUCACUCAAUGUCGAUGACAACAAUGUCCUUGAAGAAGACUCUGUGGUCUACGAGUGGGCCCUGAAGAAGUGGUCUCCCUGCUCCAAGCCCUGCGGCGGAGGGUCCCAGUUCACUAAGUAUGGCUGCCGCCGGAGGCUGGAUCACAAGAUGGUGCACCGAGGCUUCUGUGCCGCCCUUGCAAAGCCCAAAGCCAUCCGCCGGGCAUGCAACCCACAGGAGUGCUCCCAGCCUGUGUGGGUCACGGGCGAGUGGGAGCCGUGCAGUCAGAGCUGCGGGCGGACAGGCAUGCAGGUGCGCUCUGUGCGCUGUGUUCAGCUGAUGCACAACAACACCACCCGCUCCGUGCACACCAAGCACUGCAACGACGCCCGGCCUGAGAGCCGCCGGGCCUGCAACCGUGAGCUCUGCCCAGGUUGGUGGCGGGCCGGGCCCUGGUCCCAGUGCUCGGUAACCUGUGGCAAUGGCACCCAGGAGAGGCCGGUGCUGUGCCGCACCGCAGACGACAGCUUCGGCAUCUGCCAGGAGGAGCGGCCGGAGACAGCGAGGACCUGCAGGCUUGGCCCCUGUCCUGGAAACAUGUCCAACCCCUCCAAGAAGAGCUACGUGGUGCAGUGGCUGUCCCGCCCAGACCCCGACUCACCCAUGCAGAAGAUCUCAUCAAAGAGCCACUGCCAAGGUGACAAGUCAAUAUUCUGUAGGAUGGAAGUCUUGUCUCGCUAUUGCUCCAUCCCAGGCUACAACAAGCUGUGCUGCAAGUCCUGCAACCUGCACGACAACCUCACCAGCGUGGGGGGCGGCAUCCAGCCACCGCCUGGGAAGCACAACGACAUCGAAGUGUUUAUGCCCACUCUCCCCGGCCCCACUGUGGUCGUGGAGGUGCCGCCUUCGCCAGGCACCCCCCUGGAGGUCCCCACCAACGCCUCCAGGACCAAUGGCACUGAGGACCACCCAGAAACCAAUGCUGUAGAUGUACCCUACAAAAUCCACAGCCUGGACGAUGAAGUCCAGCCGCCCAACCUAAUCCCUCGGCGACCGAGCCCGUAUGAGAAGACCAGAAACCAAAGAAUCCAAGAGCUCAUUGACGAGAUGCGGAAGAAGGAGAUGCUCGGGAAGCUCUAACAAAACAGAAAGAUGGCGCCGAUGGCACCCCCGCUUAUACGGAUAUUCCAUGGGAUAGCACCUCCUACGUCAUGAAGAUGAAGCCAAAAUUCCUGAUGCCAAAAGGCUUAGAGAAAGCAAAGAGGAGAAAUGACAUAGAAAUGUGGACACGGCGGCGAGGCCAGCGCGUGCUCCUCAGCGGCGCUGGUGUGGAGCGGCGAGACACAGAGGUCCCACCCUGCCGGGCAGGGGCAGGGUGACGCUGGCCCCGGUUGCUGAGCGGCACUGGGAACCGUCGUCCUGCCUGCUCACGCAGGGCACUUCCCAUCGAUCCCCAGAGCAAGCACUUAGCAGCCGACCCGUUGCCAAAAUGAGUAGCACGAACUGGAGGUCAGGAACGCAGACGCCUUCACGGGCCAGGUAGGUGGCGAGGAUGAGGGCAGUGGCCGGCCGGGGACUGUGACCAUCCUGAGAGCCACGCCCAUCUAAACCUGGUCGUCAGUUCCGGUCGUUGCUGCCCUGUGAAAUCUGUCUCUCUUCUCCGCCGCCCCUGGCCUUGCCAGAUAGCACAUCUGGAGAAGUCUAGAUUUUCACACGCGAAAGUGCGAUCUGUAGAGGUCAACUCCAAGUGUUCCAGGGGGUCUGGGAGCCUGUCGGGCUUUAGACGUCAGGCUGCCACUCUGGUCUCAGGCUUGGCCUAAAGCAGUUUGCUAAUUGAGGACUAGAAGUCUCCCGGCUCGUGUGGUGCUCACGUUGCACUGCAUUUGAGUACGCCGACCUGGCCUCGCCGUGUGGCCGUCCUUUUCCCCGGGUGAUGAGACCCUGUAACUAGAGACGUGAGGGUGGCCCGAACGGCUGUGCCCAGAAGGCACGGGCGCUGUCCCAGCCUCUCCCUCCCUGCUAGCCCUGGCCUUGUGGGCGCCCCUCUGGCAGCCGGGCCGCGGGCGUCCCCAGAGAGCCUUCUCCCUCCCCAGGUGCCCCGGAAGGAUGCGGGAGACACAUGCCUGCUGGGAAAGCCCGGCGAGCUGUCCAAAGCCCGACAUCUCCCUGCCCAGAGAGGCCAGCGCUGCCGCCCCGGCCGGCGUCCUGAGGCCUGGGCUUCGCGGCUCCACUUAGCUCCUGAAGACCAGCUUCGCUUGCCUGCUGGUGGCUCCUGUCCAGCCCCACGGCCCACUUCUGUCCCCAAGAGGCCCCAGGACCCAGCAGUGAAGCGCCAGGCUUGGCCUUGGCGGGAUGCUUAGAGGAAGGUGGCAAGAGCCUGCUUUACCUUUCGGUCUUUCGAAACUUUUAACGAUUUCCAUUUUCAGCAAAAUGGCUUUUAUGAGAAAGAUUGAAAUAAAAAAGAAAAGCAGGAGGAAAGGAGUGGGGGCGGGAGACAGGUGGCUAGUCGUUACCUCUCACCGCACUGGCAUUUCAUGAACACGCAGCUGAAGCGUCUCCAAAUCAGAAGACCCGGGGCGCGGCAACUCCUCCGUGGGCCAGGCUGACAGUCCUGAAGCUUUCCGGCCCGCAGCGUGCCAGAGGCUGCGUGCUGCGGCUCACGGACCCCACUGCGCGGGCGGGCACACGGCGCUCAGGACGCCCCGCAGUGCUGCUCUCUCCUGAGGGCUGAAGGGCUGAGAGCACUUGCUGUCUGAAUGGGGGGGGCAGGGAACAAGCUAGGGAGGGGGCCAGCGAGAACAGAAGCUGGUGCGACGUUUAACUGUCCCCCCAGGUAGUGACUAGCCACCCCUCCGCCACCACACACACGCCCACACCCUGUCCUGGUGUCUCCCGAAGAACCAGACUGGAGAAAACCUCUUUGAAUCUUUUUUACAAUCUCUUUUACAAGAUGUGGUCUAGAGCACGUCUGCAGUCCUGCCUCUCCAUAGUUAGUGAGUGAAGCCCGCGGCUCUCCAUCACUUGCCGAAACCAGGACAGCUGGUGCUGUUCAUGGGCAGUCUCUGUUGGGGUCUGUCCCAGUCCGUGCAGGAAAGUCAGGACUAACGCCAGCCAGAGAGCAUUACUCGGUUUACCCACUGUCAGGAUGAGAGUGCUCCUUCCUGGAUCCCGGCAAAGCAGGGCUCGUGUUUUGGGGCUGGAAGCCUUUGCAAAGAGGCCCUGGGUAGCCCAUUGCCUGGGCACCUGCCCUACUCUGGGAAGUGUAGGCCAGUGUGGCCAUGGCCCCAGGUGCCAUCUCAAUGCCUUGAGCCCUGUAUCUGAAGAGGUCUCUAGGGCUAGAUGGUCCUGAGAGGUCUCUCUGUCCAAGGAACUCAGUGUUCACGGGGACCUGAGAAACUGCAACUCUCCACUGAGCUUGAGACCACUUGGAGAACCUGCUUGGAAACAGUCCUGGCCUUUCUGAGACAGCUUAUGCAUCUGAGGGACUCCUGGCACCCAGAGGCAGCAGUGGCUUCCAGCUGAGUUCUUAACGCCAUGAGACUCAGACCGUCUGCAGCAACAGAAGAGCAUCCGGGGUGCCUGAGAGUCCCUCCUCUCCUCAUUUGUGGGCAGAUGCGUGUUCGAUUUUUGGAAUUUAGCUCUCUGAUUUACUCCUUUUGGAAAACCCAUGGAAUUUCAUGUAUAAGCCUUUCGCUUGUAUUUUGAGGUUUUGUUUGUUUGUUUUGAGUAUAUAAAUGGUGCUCAAUAGCAACAUCUUUGUCAGAUGAAACAUUUAUGAUUCUGUUUACUCCUGUAUGACAGGUAACCAUGGUACUGAAUCAUCAAGGUGCUGAACUAGAAUCAAAAUUUUAUCUUACUGAUAACAGCAAUCAAUACAUUUUUGUUCUAUAUAGUAACAUUUGACUUACUUUUAUAACUUAUUAAAGUUAAAAUGUCUGUGUUUUUGCAAAUCA